AUGGGCUUUGCCAGAAAGAGAUCAAUGCCAAGUCUCAUUGCUGGUGUGUCGAUGUCGGCUUUGUAUUUCACUGCUGGCUAUCUGCUCAAGAAUAACAUGGAGUGGGGAAUCCAUACUGCACUAGCCACCUCAGCGGUCUUGUGCGGAGCGGGUAUCAGCAGAUCGCUGAAAGUCGGGUUCAAGCCUGUCCCGGCUUCGCUCACCGUCUUGGGAGCCGCUUCCUCGGCAUACUAUGCUUAUAAAUACACCCAGUUUUACAUGUGA